AUGGAAACUUCUUGUAGUCAAUCAACAUUGGAAAUGCUCCCAGAUGAAAUUCUAUUAGAAAUCUGUAAAUAUUUAUUAUGUACUGAUAUUCUUCUAUCUUUCAUUGGAUUGAAUUAUCGAAUAACACAAAUGAUUACUCAAUAUCGUCAUCAUAUUUCAUUACAUAAAACAUCUAUUUCAAAAAGCAAUUAUUUAUGUGUAAAUAUUCUUCCUCAAAUUGGUUCUCAGAUUCGUACCUUACUCAUUGAUUGUUCUUAUUCUGUCUUACAAGAUGAUUUAUUUAUUAAACAUUUUGGCAAGAAAAUGUCAAUAACAUUUCCUAAACUGGAAAGAAUCAGUCUUGUUUCCUAUGAAUACAAUCCAUUAAUUACUUUUCUUGAUUCUCUACAUGAUUUAAAUUAUCUUGUUGAGAUUCGUUUGUAUGGUCUCUUUUCAAUUCACAUAGAUAAUGAAUCAACAGUUAUUCGAUCAUUAACUCAAGCGAAUAAUCAUCGACUUACAACAAUACUAAUUGAUGAUAAAUCAAGUCCUUUACAUUUUCAUUACAUUGAUUGUUACAUGAAUAUCCUUCGAUUGCGUAUUACAUUGAGAACAAGCAGGGAUUUAUCAUCUCUUUUUCAUGCCAUUCCCAAUGUUCAAUAUCUAGACAUAAUACUUAGUGAUAGGAAUAAUUCAUUGGAAUCCUUUGGUGGAUUGAAUUUAUCUCGUCUUCUUCAUCUUACUCAUUUUCAACUCAGAUCAACUAAGCAAUUGUGGAUGCUUGAAGAAUUGCUUAUAUUAUUUGUCCAAUUACCAAUAGUACAAAAUCUAUCCCUUUUUCUUUCAACAACUGAUAAACGUCUUAUCGAAGGUGACACAAUACUUCCUUCACUUCCUUCCACUGUUCAACAAUUUGACUAUGCCAUUUAUUUUCUUCAUACUAUGUUUGCUGAUCAAAUUGAUGCGAUUAUUGUCUCUUGGCCACCAUCUCAUCCAGUUACAUGCUUCUACCUAAACACAUUCUUGUUUAUUCAUACAUUACCAUAUCGUUUCGCUCGUAUUUCAUUUCCAGGAUCUAUCAUAAAAAUGAUUUCAUCUAGGGUAAAUAGUAAUAGCGGCUAUGAUAGUAGUGUUGAACAGCUAAGUCUUACGAUUAAUACACAUUUUGCUUUAACCAAGUCUGUGGAAAUUAUAUCACAAUGUCGGCAAGUGAGAGAAAUUACUUUUAGCACUAAAGAUACAGACAAUACCCUUGAAGGUAUGUAUAUUGAACAAAGAUAUCGAUAA